UGCCGUAUCACCUGCACGCGACCCAAUGACGCGGAGCGAGCACCUGAUGACGUCACCGGCCACCUUGUUCCUGUUUGGCUCGAGGUGCUAGCCGUCGCUAGCCGUCACCAAAGUGGCGACAGAAAUGUGGGCAUCGUGUUGUCAUUGGCCGUGCUCGGACUCGGCGGAUAGCGAGGCCGGCGGAGCCGACCCGCACCCUCGCUCCUACACCAAUUCUGCCUUCAGCGGCCAGCCGACCCCGCCCUGUGAACAGCAACAACACGUCUGUAAAGCUUGCGGGCGCCGCCUGGACACGCCCACCACCAAGCACGUGUGCGCCGAUUGCAAAGAGAACUACUGCGGCCGCUGCUCCGCCCAGUCGGAGCCCCGCCCUCGCCUGUGUCACACCUGCCGGCGUUUCUACGGCAACCUGCUGCAACGCGCCGAGCUGAUGAAGCUCAAAGUCAAAGAGCUGCGAGACUACCUGCACCUGCACCACGUGGCCACGCACCUCUGUCGGGAGAAGGAGGAGCUGGUGGAACUGAUCCUGAGUCAGCAGUCCUUGCCCUCCGAAAGCCCCGAGCGCGAUCCAGCCGUGGCCUCUCCAUCGCCAGACACCCAACGGAGCCCCGGGCUCGACCUCCCCGACCGGACCCCGGCGGACCGGACCCCGGCAGACGGGACUCCUGCGAGCGCCUCCGAAGAUGCCGAUCCCUUGGAGCGGAACCGGGACGGGGAUCAGGUUCAGGAAUGGGACGUCGGGGACCCCGAGGACGUCCAGGACGCGGCCGGCCGCCGGGCGUCGCUCUCGGACUUGGCGAGCGAGGACCAGGUGGAAUCUCUGAGUGUGCGGCAGCUGAAGGAAAUUCUGGCCAGGAACUUUGUCAACUUCAAAGGCUGCUGCGAGAAGUGGGAGCUGAUGGAGAGAGUGGCCAGACUCUACCGGGACCACCACGCCAACAGCGGCGAGGACGACGGCGGCGGUCCGACGGGGUCCGACCAGAACCUGUGUCGCAUCUGCAUGGACGCGGCCAUCGACUGCGUCCUGCUGGAGUGCGGCCACAUGAUCACGUGCAGCAAGUGCGGCAAGCGGAUGAGCGAGUGUCCCAUCUGCCGCCAGUUUGUCAUCAGAGCCGUCCACGUCUUCAGAUCCUGACGCAGGUACCGCACGAGCGCGGGUCAGGCGCUCUUACUUCCAAGGAGCCGUCGAGCGCGCCGACCGAUCGCUGGGGUUUACGUGUCGUGGCGGCAAAAUGCAUAGCUGACCUUGACGCACGCGCUGGACAAUGUGGCGGCACUCUCUUUAGUGUGAAUGGGAGGAUCAAAUCUUGGUGUGUUUUCUUUUUUUUUCUUUUCUACCCGGCUUCACGUGUAAAAAGACACUUCUUCUGCAAAUCAAAAAUUUGACAU